AUGAAUUCUAAUCAUUAUUGUUUAAAAAUCAAUAAUUUUUUUUUUUCCCUCAAAAUCGCAUGAAAAUACCGUCAUAAAAUUUUAAAUUGUGACAUGUGCGAUUUUAAUUGUAUGUUCAAAAUAAGUAUUAAUAAGAGCCAUAUACUAUUCGAGCUAAGGAAACUAUUAUGGCAAGCAAACAAAUUCAAAAGAUAUAACAAUAGAGUAUAUUUAUAUAUAUAUAAAAUUAUUUCAAAAAUUGUAGGAAAAAACCAAAAAUGUCUUUUUUUUUUUGAAAAAAUCGCAUGAAAAUACCAAUAG